UCGCGUUAUCAUUAUUCUGUACAGAAUGCGGUUCUUCAUGACCUAAACAGUCUUCGAGGACUGGAAUCAGCCUACAAAGUUGGGACUCGGUCAUGAGCUCUCUGUGAAAACUUAGCGCUCGAGCGCCACCUGUCGGCCUCGCGCUCAGUCAGCAAGCAGCGGAGUGAUAAAUGGGCGCGCGCGCGGCCCUGAGCGUCAUUCCAGCGUUUUGUCAGUGAGUGAAUUCAUCAUGUUUGUGCGGAUCUUUCUCAUCCUGCUCUCUGUGGCUGUUUUGGCAAAAACAGGUGUCGUUCCAAACCGCGAGAACUCACCGGAGGCUGCUUGCGAAAAAUACGUCUUCCCAAUGUGCACGCGCGAGUACAGCCCUGUGUGCGGCUCCGAUGGGAAGACUUAUGCAAAUGAGUGCAUGUUCUGCUUUGAAAAUCGGCAAAAACUUCUCAAUGCUUACAUAGUCCAGACAGGGGAGUGUUCAGUGUUUGGAUGAACAGGAAUAAUGAUGCAUAUAUCCGGAUUAUGAUCCAUCAAAAGACUGUCUUUUAAUAUGGAAUAUCAUUUGACCGGUUUUAGAUUUGUUCUUUUUCCUCAUGUGUUUUGGAUUUUAUGUCUAAAUUCUGUAUUAAAGAAGUGAGACUUCUGCCA